CAUGGAUAUAUAGGAUUAACGGUUCAUUGGUUAUCAAGUGAUUUUAAGGUGUAUGAUUGCCUUCUUUGUAUGGAACAUAUGGCUUAUCCUCAUUCCACUGAAAACAUUGUUGCUUUUUUAAAAGAAAAAAUAAUGGAAUUUCGCUUAAAUGGAAAAAUCACUUGUAUCACAACAGAUAAUGGUAGUAACAUGGUAAAGGCAAUCCGUUUGUGGGAUAGAGUUGUGCGUCUGCCUUGUGCAGCGCAUACUUUGCAACUUUCAAUUGGUCAUACUUUUAAAAAAAUUAAUACACAUAUUAGAAGAAUAAAAAAACUAGUCCGGUUUUUCACUGAUUCUCCUAAACAAAGCGAACGUUUAGAUGAAGCCCAACAAGAAUAUCAACAAUGUUUAUCUGCAACUUCUGUAAUUCAGAAUAGUGUUGAUUUAACUAAUGAAUUAAAUAAUUCUGAUACAAUUGAAUGGUUGGCUGCAACGUUAACCUUGUCUGAUAAUCGAGAUGAUCGAAUUGAUGAUCAAAAAUUAAACAAACGGCUUCUUUUACCCAAUGAAUGGGAUUUAUUAAACCAAAUAGUAAUAUUAAUAGAGCCAUUUGAUGAUGCCACUGCUUAUUUUAAAACACCCAACUUUUGUCAUGAAGAAUCAUCCGAUGAUGAUAGUGACGAAGAUUCAGAUACAGAAUCGUUAGUCAAUAGAGAACAUUUACUUAAUACUCAAACACUUUCUACUUGGGAUGAUGAAACUCAAAAAAGGGCAAAAAGUGAAUUAGCACGUCAAUUUCAAGAGCUAAUUGCUUCAGAUUUAGAAAAAGCAAUGCCAACAUCUAAUUCAUCAAAUAUUCCAAAUAAUAAUUUACGCCAUAGUCGUUUUCACUCAUCAAUAUUUAGGGCAUCUGCUACAUUUAACACUACUUCUAAUCCUUUAUCUGAAUUAGAAUGCUAUCUGAAUCCGAUACAAACUCCUAUCGCUGAAGAUACUGUGAACCCAUUCGAGUGGUGGGCAAGUUGGAAAAAAUGA